AUGUUUGCAUACAGGCAGUAUCAUGCCCCCUGGUGGUGGUUGAUUGCAGCCGUCAUUAUAUACCUGCAUUUACUGGUGAUCGGUGCCAUACGCAUCCGUUGGAACUUCUUUCUAAAAUCGCUGCAUCACAAUCCGGCAGCGCAUCAGCAGAUAGCACUCACAUUCGACGAUGGUCCUGCCGCAAAAACGCAGGCGAUCCUGGAUAUACUAAAAAGGGAAAACGUACAAGCCGGUUUUUUCAGCAUCGGCAAAAAUGCCCGGUUAUAUCCGGAAACUGUUAAACGAUGGGACGAUGAAGGCCAUCUUGUAGGCAAUCAUAGCUAUAAUCACGGCUUUAACUUCGACUGGCUGCCGGCUGCAAAAAUGGCUGAAGAACUGGAGCAAACAAAUACCACCAUCCUUGAUAUUAUUGGUAAAAAACCCUUAUUGUUCCGGCCGCCAUAUGGGGUCACUAACCCUAACGUUGCUAAAGCCGUAAAAAUGACCGGGAUGAUAUCUAUAGGUUGGAACAUCCGUUCGUUUGAUACCACGGCCAAAGAUCCGGGUCAGUUAUUACAACGUAUUCUCGGCCAGGUGAAAGGAGGAGAUGUGAUCCUGCUGCAUGAUAGUAUGGCCAUUACCUGUGAAAUAUUAACGCCGCUGAUUCAUGCUGCAAGGGAAAAGGGAUAUACAUUUGUGCGUCCUGACAGAUUGUUGGGCAUCCAAGCAUAUGCGUAA